AUGGAUUCUCCAAGCAGCGGCAGAAAGUCAGUUAUCGUCGACGCAGAAGACGAACUCAAGUUUCCUUUGCAGAAUCAUUUGCGAAAUGAACAUCAUCUUGAGAUUACCAAAGAUGGAAAGUUCGUAAGGUGGUAUCGCGAAAAUCCGAAGCACCCAAGGAACUGGAGUACAAGUCGGAAAAUCUACGAUGUUGGACUUGUAUGCCUUCUGGAUCUUAUUAUAACUGCUAGUAGUACUGCAGGCGCAGCGGCAGCAAAAGCAGCAGAGCAGGAUUACCAUGUUACCCCGACCUAUGCGACAUUUUGCUUCGUGACAUUAUUCUUGCUUAGCCAAGCUGUCGGCAGUAUUAUAUUCCCUCCAUGGUCUGAAUCCUUCGGCCGCAAGUAUACGUACAUUUUCUGCAGCGCUCUUAGCUGUAUCUGCUGCUUGGUGAUCGGAGUGGUGGAGUCGAACUCUGCGGCUAUCACCAUGAGAAUAAUCGCCGGAUUUUUGGCUUCUAUCCCGGCCACUGUGGUGGGCGGAAGUAUUGAAGACAUGUUCAAUUCCCAAGACCGAAUCUGGGUGAUGUUCUUCUGGACAGUUGCAUCAAAUAUUGGCAUGAUUAUUGGACCUAUCAUGAGCAGCCAUUUGAUUGAACUGCUUAACUGGCGAUGGGUUUUCUAUGUGUAUGCAAUCGCUCUUGGUAUUACAACUGGCGCUCUCUGGUUUAUCCGCGAGUCGCGAUCUUCCUUGCUCCUCACACGCGAAGUGAAUAUACUCCGAAAUGAGAUAUUGUCACUUCCUCCAGCAUUGAGCCAUGAUCAUUCCAUGGACUUUGCAACUUUUACCAAAGAAGCCCUCUUCCGCCCUGCUCAAUUUUUCUUCAGAGAGCCCAUAAUAUUUGUCACCGCCAUCAUGAUUUCGGUUUCUAAUUCCAUCAUAUUCAUUUUUACCGAGGCAUUGCAACCAAUCUAUCAAAAUUUGGGGUUUUCUGCCGCUCAGGCAUCCCUUAUAUUCAUGGCUAUCGGGUUGGGUGUCUGCUUCAGCACAUUGACCCGCAUUCUGGACACCCACAUUUUUAACAAAAAGCGUCGCCAAGGCCUAACCACCAAGCCAGAAGACAAACUUUUGGGACUAAUCAUUGGUUCUCCGGCCUUGGCAAUUGGUCUCUGGUGGUUUGCCUGGACGAUCCCUCCCAUCCUAAAGAGUGCGAACAUCCCGUGGAUCGUUCCCACCAUGUCUCUGGUCCUGGUUGGAUACGCUUUAACCGAGAUAGACACUUUGAUGUAUGGGUACAUAGCCGACAGCUAUCUGACUUAUUCAGCUAGUGCUACUGCUGCAGUGGCAUUCCUGCGCGGAGUGCUCUGUGGGACUUUCCCUCUCUUCACAAACCAAAUGUUCCAUUGGAUGGGGGCGAACAUUGCUGUUUCUGUUUUGGCAAGUGUGGCAACCGUUUUUUGCGCUGUACUGCCCUUGUUUAUGUGCUAUGGAGAGCGAAUAAGACGACGAAGUCGCUUCGCAAACCACAGCUGGGAGAUCCAGAAAGAGAUUGGAAACGACGAUGAUGAUCUAUGA